AUGCGCCGUUUAAAAUAUAUUGUAACGCACGUCGAACUAUACGACUCCCAACAAGUUAAUGCUAAUAAAGAUGCGAGGUUCAUCGCGAUUAAUGCAUUGGGCUACUGUUGGACCGGUUGGCGUUGGAUCCUUCAUGAUAGCGAUUUAAAAUUUAUCGCAAAUCAGGCGGAGGAAAGAGCCAUAGGGUUUGCUGCGGAUCAGGCAUUUCUCGAUGAGCUUACACAAAAAUACUAUGGAUUCCACAAGAAAAAUCUUGUCACGUCCAUCGAUUCGUUUGAAGUUGGAGAAUCAAAUGCGCAUCCAGAAACAGCAAAGCUUUGGACAUUUGAUACUACAAAUUUUCUAAUAUCAUUGGUGAAGAAAUACGAUGACGAAUUCCAAAGCAAAGUUAAAAGACAUGUAUGGCAGAAAAUAGCAACCAUUGUUUCUGAUCAGACUAAAUUAAAUGUGAGUGCACAGCAGUGUGACACCAAGUGGAAAGGGCUGAAAGAUAUGUACAAAAAUAUCAAACAGCAUAAUGAAAAGUCUGGAAAUGAUGCAAAAAAAUGGAUAUUUUUCAAUAAGAUGGAUGAGUUCAUAGGGCUCAAAAUUAACAACAGUGCAACAGCCACUACUUCAACAGAUGUAGAUUGUGAAGAAAAUACUACUGACUGUAAUGACAUAGAGAAUGACACCCCCAAAAGAACUGGCAACUUGGGCAGAAAAAGAGCAAGAUAUGAAAAUACUGUCGAUAAGCGCCAUAAGGACAAAAUGCAACGCCAAGAUCGAUUUCUUGAUUUGUUCGAAGAUUUGGUGAAUACCAUGAAAAAUAAGUGA